CGACCAAAGAAUUAUUUCGACGACCACCUUCACCAGCAUGAUCUUCUGCAUUUGUAAGUUGAGCUGCAGCCCUUCGUGCCAAUGCGCUAAUUAUAGUUCUAGAGACUGUUCAUAAUGAUCGUCAAGUCUACACAUAUACGGCCAAUUCCCUCUUUCCUUCUGCCUUUCACUCAGUCGACCAGGACACAAGCAAGAUGUCUUCAUCAAAAUGUUAAGGCUAAACCUAUACCCCGUCCAACUCCAUUCGUCCCCGAUACGCAGACUUUCCUUUCUCUAAUUGGCCGUAAUUUGAGCCAACACGCUUCGAAAAUACCUUCAUGGAAAGCUCUGUUCUCUUUGACCUCUACACAACUCAAGGAAUUGGGUGUCGACCCUCCACGAAGUCGACGGUACUUAUUACGGUGGCGAGAAAAGUUUCGAAACAAACAAUUCGGGGUGGGAGGGGAUUUCAAGUUUGUCAAGGACGGCGUUGCAGAGCUGCGCGUGGCAGAGAUCCCAGUGUCAGGACAUCAAGCUGCAACGGCAACAUCAUCCUCAGGAAAGCGCAAGAUUGUGGUAAAUGUGGCUGCAGGAGGCAGUGCAACGCAGUUGGUGAAGUCUGUACCAGUUAAGGGCGUACAUAUUCAGGGCGCUCACACCAUCGUGGGACCACAUGUUCAACCAGUAAAGGGGGGAAAGGGUGCCAGGAUUGUGAUAAAAGAAGGGCUAUGGGAGGAUCGCAGAGGACAUAAGAUCGACGGCGGCGAAAGACGCCAAGCCGAAGUGCGUGCAAAGAGGAGAGGAGAGGAAAAGCGUGCUGGGAGAUAGACGUACUGGGCUGGUGGGACAAGAAACCGUUUGAUGUAAUGUAAGAUAUUUGGGGCUAUGCAGCUUUGCUUGUUGGAUCUUGGAGCGGAAGUGGCUCUGUUGUGACCGGUUACAUGGGCAUUUCAACCGCUUCCUCUAGGGCUUCCAUCAAGCUUCGAGAAGAUCUUAAAAACUAUAGGCUGCACGCCAUGUACGACCAAACCAAUAGAAUGUGUCAAGAGAGCGGCUUUUACGCCCAUCUACAUUGCACAUGGCUAUUGGCCAAUGAAUCAAGACCCGUAUGCUUCCGUGCCAGAAGGCUGUGUAU